AUGUGCAACUACAUCUACAAGGAGCUCAAGUGCCAGCACCACUACCACCUGGUAGAAUCAUGGUGCCCCAAAUAUAUCCAGACGGAGCGACGAUGCGUUCCCACGAUUGUGAGCAAACAGUACUGGGGCGACGAUAUCUGUGCUGCUUGCCGCGAACGCCAAACACCCAGCAACCACCCUUGGGCGAAGCUCAUCCGUAGGCCCGACUCUCGAUCGGUUCCUCAAGCGCGAGUUCCUGCCCGAUAA